AUGCCGUAUCUACCGACCCCCAACGCAUUCCUCGAGCAAUCCUCGCUCUUAUUAGAGGCAUAUCCUGAUAACACACGAAUAACAACAAAAUAUUCCUACCCUUCGUCCACAUCCUCAUCACAAUCGAGAAAUAAGAAUAACAAGAAUAAAAUUUCGAAAUCGAAACCUGCCACCACCGAAACCUCUGAAUCCACGACAGCUACUACAACAACAGUCGCAACCCUCACACUCAAAACAUACAAUCCAGUCACGGGCAUAUGUCUGAAAUACAAAACGAACAAAGCCGCUGAAGUGGGAAGGCUGAUAUCGGGAUUGGGAAAGUUGGCUGCCGGGUUGAAGAUUGGUGCUGACGAGGCUGUUGCUGCGGCGCCUCCUGUUACUGCUGGGGCUGGGCAGGAUGUCGAAAUGAUUGAUGCUCCGCAGCAACCUGCUGUUCAGAGUCAAAGUCAGACUGCUGGAGGCGGCGGCGGUGGGAAGAAGAAGAAAGGAAAGGGGAAGAAAUGA